AUGCCAACUCGCACAACAGGAGCGAUCGCACAAGACUGGGAACCCGUUGUUCUCCACAAAUCAAAACCGAAAGCACAAGAUCUCCGCAACCCGAAAGCAGUGAACCAAGCGCUUCGAACCGGAGCAGAAGUCCUAACGCUAAAGAAAUCCACCGCUGGUUCGAACAAGAAAACCGCCGGUCCGGUUCUGAACGCGAGGAAGCUAGACGAAGCGGCUGAACCGGCGGCGUUGGAGCGGGUCGGCGGGGAAGUGAGGCACACGAUACAGAAAGCGCGGUUGGAUAAGAAGAUGAGUCAAGCUGAGCUGGCGAAACAGAUUAAUGAGAGGGUUCAGGUUGUUCAGGAGUAUGAGAAUGGGAAAGCUGUUCCUAAUCAGCUUGUUUUGGGAAAAAUGGAGAGGGUUUUAGGUGUUAAACUUAGGGGUAAAAUUGGAAAAUGA